UUUUUCUCCUCACCUCAUUUCACCCUCAGAGCUCGAAACACGCAGAAGGUUGAAGUUGGACGAAGCUGAAGACUUCACAGGUCACAAUGAAGACUCUGGUGUUUGUGUCUCUCGUGGGAUUAUUCCUCCACGACACGACGGCAGAGAUGCACUCUCUGAAGAAUUUCUACACGGCGUCUUCUGAAGUCACAAACUUCCCAGAGUUUGUGGCUGUUAUGAUGGUUGAUGAUAUUCAGAUAGAAUACUACGACAGUAUCACCAAGAGAGAAGAACCCAAACAGGACUGGAUGAACAAAGUCACAGAAGACAAAGCUGACUACUGGGAGGAGGAGACUGAGAAAUUAAAGGGUCACCAGCAGCUCUUCAAAGUCGGCCUUGACAUUUUAAAGCGACGCUUCAACCAAACUGGAGGUGUUCACAUUUACCAGAAUAUGUACGGCUGUGAGUGGGAUGAUGAGACUGGAGAUGUUAGUGGUUAUGAACAGUAUGGUUAUGAUGGAGAAGACUUCAUAGUUCUGGACACGAAGACAAUGACGUGGGUCGCUCCACAACAACAGGCUGUCGUCACCAAACAGAAGUGGGAUAAUAACAAAGCUUACUUAGCAAAUGACGAGCACUACUUCACCCAGAUUUGUCCUGACUGGCUGAAGAAGUAUUUGAACUAUGGGAGGAGCUCUCUGAUGAGAACAGACCUCCCCACAGUGUCUCUCCUGCAGAAGACUCCCUCCUCUCGGGUCACCUGCCACGCUACAGGUUUCUACCCCAACAGAGCCAUGAUGUUCUGGAGGAAAGAUGGAGAGGAGCUUCACGAGGACGUGGACAAGGGAGAGAUCCUCCCCAACCACGACGGCUCCUUCCAGAUCAGCGCUGACCUUCAACUGCCCUCUGAUGACUGGGGGAAGUACGACUGUGUGUUUCAGCUCUCUGGUGUGAAGGAGGACAUCGUCACCAAACUGGACAAACGAGAGAUCAAGACCAACUCCGUGAAUCCCAUCUACAUGAUCAUUGUCAUCAUCGCUGUUGUUCUCCUUCUUGUAACCAUCGUCUGUGCGGCUGGAUUCUGCCUGUAUAAGAAGAGAAAUGCCAAACGCCCUCCAUCCCCGGUAAACGACUCGGCUGUGCAACAAAUGAUGCUUCCAAAUCCAAAUACCUAAAAGACAAAGAGACGACCCUGAACCCAGUUUACGGGUACGUUCUGCACUGAAACAAGGAGCAGACCGACUCGCUCUCCUGGGAAUUAAUUGGCUCUCAUCGUAUCAGACAUGAAGUGAUCAGAGUUGGGAAUUUAAAUUUAAAUCUUUGAAAUACAAAGAAAACAAGUUUGAAAAAGAGUUGACAAAUGCUUUACAAAUGUUCUCCAACAUCAGGGUUGUUUGGUGACGUUAGUUUCAAAUAUAAAAAGCUUUUCCGCUGAUAAAAGACGCUUAAAUACAUUUAAAUGAAAACUUGGUGAUUUAUUUUUUCGUCACCUGGAGAGAAUCAGAAGAUGAAUCUAUGACGGCAUCACGCCGCUCUUCAUGUGUUGAAGAAAGAUUUGUGUGUUGAUCUAAAAUCCAUCAUAGUUGGAUUUUUAUACUUCUGGUGUUCAGAGCUUUGUGCUAAAACAAAUGUUGGUGAUAAAUACGUUAAUAAAGACACACACACACACACACACAC